UUAAAAGGUAAUUCAGACUUUUUCUAUAACACCGGCAGAUAGUACAUCCAAACUAUUGAUAUCGGCUACACCGUUACUGUCAUGUGAUUCGUGAAAUAAAUAUCGCAAUUUUUUUGACAUCAUUAAUCAAGUGUAUAUUAAUUAAUUUGAAAAGUUACAUAUUUUGGAAUGACAUUUGAACAGUUACUGUUUAAAUAAUGGGUAGAGGAGGAGUGGGUUUCCACUCUAGCAGAGCUGAAUUUUUGACCGAUGAUGCCUUAAAUAAUGACCUUAAGUACAGUAGAAAUGGGGGAUGUUUUGUGACGACAAAAAAGGCGAUAGCCUUUGUGGUUUUUGCAGUUGUCUCGCUGGCCAUAGUUAUAAUGCUUAUGUAUUAUUAUGGGCCCAAUAGGAAACUUGAAGAAUUACAAACGGAAUCAAAUGACAUUGAAAAAUUAAUUAACAAAACGAUACAAGAAAAAUUACCCGAAGAAGAAAUAAGAUUACCGAAAACUAUUUACCCUCUAGACUAUAGAUUAUGGAUUCAUCCUAUUUUAGAUGAACAAACUGAAAACAAUUUUACAUUUACUGGACAAGUGCAAGUUUUGGUAAACUGCACUAGGAAAACCAACAAAAUUAUAUUAAACAUUGACGAUUUAAAUAUAACUGAAUCAGAUAUAGCCGUUUACACGACCAAAAUCGUUACUUAUAAUUCUGAAGAAUAUAAAGUAAUGAAUGAUGAUUUACAUAGAUUAAGAAGGGAUACAGGUGAAUUAGUUGAAAAAAGCGUUGUGGAAAAUGAAGAUAAAAUACCUAAUAGCGAAACGAUGCAUACAACAAGCGAAAAUCCAGAAAUUGAAACUGAAAAUGCUACAAUUGAAAAUAUGACAGAAACCACCACAGAAGAAAUUACUACAACAACUGAAGUUGUAGUGCAGAGGGAAAGGAUUAACUUAACUAUUCAAGAUAUCGUUAAGGACGAGGAAAAUUUUAAACUUACGAUUAUUAUGAUGUACUUAUUAGAGCCUGGACAUACCUAUACAGUGGACAUUAAAUUUUCAGGAGAUAUUUUAAAUAAUCUAAAAGGAUUAUAUAAGACAAGUUAUACGGAUCUUGAAGGAAAUACUAGAUGGUUGGCCACUACUCAUUUUCAAUCUGUAUUCGCUAGAAGAGUGUUUCCUUGUUUUGAUGAACCUUACUUUAAAUCAACAUUUGAAAUAAGCAUAGCACACAGGACAAAUAUGACGGCUUUAUCAAAUAUGCCCCUCAGAACUAUGGAGCCUAAAAACGACACUCAAUUGGGUUGGACUUGGUCUCACUUUAUGAAAUCUCCACCAAUGUCCACUUAUAUCGUAGGAUUUACCAUAAGUGAUUUUGAAAGUAAUGGAAACGUUUCAAAAGAUUUUGGGCCCAUCAUUAAGGUCUGGGCACCUAAAGACGAUUUAGUCAAAACUAAGUACGCCUUGGAAGUUGCAGAAGAAAUUUUACCCUUUUUAGAAAAAUAUUUUGGUAUUAAGUAUCCUUUACCCAAACUAGACUUACUGGCAAUACCUAAUUUCGGUAAAGGGGCGAUGGAGAAUUGGGGCCUGAUAUCAUUUAGAAAAUCAGCACUUCUUUUUGAUCCAGACUCCAGAAGCAUCAAGACAAAAAGUUUUAUAUUUAAUAAAAUAGCCCAUGAGUUGGCCCAUCAAUGGUUUGGAAACUUGGUUACUUUAGAAUGGUGGUCUGAAUUAUGGCUAAAUGAAGGUCUUGCUACAUUUAUAUCUGAGGUUGUUUUGACAAAUUUAAGGCCCAGAUGGCAACUAUACAGUAGUCUUCAACUAAGGGAUACAUAUAAAACUUUAUAUUUCGACAGUUUAAAGUCUACUCAUAGUAUACAAACUAGCAUAAAAAGUACUGCUGAAAUAGAGCAAAUUUUUGAACCUAGGAUAUAUCAAAAAGGAUGUUCCAUAAUGAGAAUGUUGAACCACACAUUAACAAAAGAUGUUUUUACCAAAGGAUUGCAAGAUUUUAUUAGAAAAUAUGCAUAUAGCUCAGCAAGUCAGGACGAUCUUUGGGAAAUAUUCACUAUAACAGCAAGAAAUGAAAGUAUUAUACCUGAAAAUGUAACAGUAAAGGAUUUAAUGGACUCAUGGACCAAACAAAGUGGUUUCCCUCUGGUGACUGUUACAAGAAACUACUCCAGUGAAAUAGCUAAACUUAAUCAAACAAAAAUGGCUGAAGAUAAUAUUCCAUCUGAAUCUUUAUGGUUUAUACCAGUAACUUAUAUAACUAGUGAUGAGGAUAAUGUUACUAAAAGUAUAUGGGUGGAAAAUGUACGGGAAAUAGAUCUAAAUCUCACUAGCUCCGAUAAUAAUUCUUGGGUGCUUUUAAAUAUAGAUGAAACAGGUUUCUAUAGGGUUAAUUACGAUCUAUACAAUUGGAAGUUACUAAAAAAUCAAUUACUAAGAAAUCCACAAAGAAUUCCAGUUUAUAAUAGAGGUCAAUUAAUAGAUGAUGCCUUCCAUUUAUCCAAUAUGGGUUCCUUAAACUAUACUAUAGCUUUUGAGCUCACAAAAUAUUUAAAUAUUAAAGAACAAAACUACAUUCCAUGGUACAGCGCUCUAAGAAGCAUGGAAGAAUUAAGAAUAAUUAUAACAAACUACGAAUACACAGGAUUGUACGAUAACUAUUUACUUAAAUUAACAGGACCAAUGUAUGAAGAAUUAGGACCAAAAGACAGACCAUACGAUACCCAAAAUGAAAAAUUACUUAGAUUGCACUUGGUUCAAUCUGUUUGUAAAUUGGGAUACCCACGUUGCGUAAACUGGGCUAGAGCACAAUAUGACAACUGGAUGAGUCUAAGAAGCCCUGACGAACUAAAUCCUAUACCUGUAGAUUAUCGAUUUAUUACGCAAUGUGUAGCCAUAAAACACGGUGGCAUAACUGAAUGGGACUUUCUUUGGAACAGAACCCUAUCGGCUGCUAUUGAACCUGUUGAUCUUGCUAAAGCCUAUCUUAGUUUAGGUUGCACCAAUGAUCCAUGGCUUAUUAACAGAUAUUUGGAGUAUUGUAUUUCUGGUAAUAUUACAUUGGAAAACGUUCCAUUUGUAUGGCAGUCUAUAAACCACCCCGUAGGAGUCAGAACAGGGUUCCAAUUUCUUAGAUUAAAUUGGGAAAGAAUAUACAACACUUUUGAAGACGUUUUUCCUGUGUUUUCAUCCAUAUUUCAUGAUUUUCUUUCACAGCUAUCUACAGAAAUAGAUUUGGAAGAUCUUACAACAUUCUACAAACUGCAUCAACAAGAUUUAUCAACGGUUUCAACAAUUUUGCAAGGAACUGUGGAUCAAAUUAAAGUAAGAAUUAACUGGAAAACUAAGCAUUUGGAUUCAGUUAUAGAAUGGUUAAAAUAUCAAAAAAUAUAGUAGCUGUAUUUUAUGCAAAAACACUUUUAAUAGAAAAUAUUUAUUCUUAAGUUGUGAUAUAAUGUUAGUCCUGUAUAUUAGUUUAUAUUUAGUUUUAUGAUGUUUUACCUUUAAACCUUUAAAAUUGAGCAGAGGUAUUACAUCAUAGCACUAAUUAUUCCAUAAAAUUAACACCACCAUUAUUAUUUGUGUAUUUUGUAGUAUGUGUUAAAUUAAUACCUUUGCUCGUCUUUAAAAGCCGUUUAAAAAUAAAGUUAAUAGACAUAUAAUAACAAAUAAACACAUGCUGUAAAUAUCUUCAAUAGUCCAUCAUUUUUAUUUAUAAUCUGGCACUAUAAUCUAAGACCUAAUUACUUUAUCGACGUGCACAGGUUUUUAUAUUGUAAAAACUAUUGGUAUAUAAUAUUAUUUAUAAAAUAUAUUUUUGUUAUACAAAAUAUUGUUUAAUUUAAAUAAAUAUUUAUAAUUUUGAUUAUAAUGUAGGAAAAUAAUGUUUG